AGCAUGCGUCAAGUUUGCAUGAGCAACGGUACUGUGCUUUCACCACGCUUAACAGCUCAAACUCGCUCUCUGCCAGUUCCUACACAUCAUCCAUACAAACUCCACGCACUCUAGUCUCGAUCACCAUAGUCAUGACUUCUCCAUCACCGUCCGAGUUCUUGACGUUCUACCGCCGCCUGACAGCAACGCAGUGUCUUCGCCAUCGGAAACUUGCACAGCUGCCAAGGAGACAAUUCGCGGUCUCGAGUAUUCAACGAGCAAGCACAUCAAACCCAAACGCCGUGACCGACAGCGGCACUCAGCAUGACACUGGGGCCGGUGAGGGAGAGGGCGCCAGCAGAGAGCAUGCUGUUGACAAGGGCAACAAGAAAGACCCAAAUCUUCAGUCAUACGAGGCCACUCGCGCUAGAGACGCGAAGGCAGAAGAUACCGGUGGACAGGCUGUGAGGCAGGCGGACGAGCGCAACAGCACUGCUCGAGCGAAGAAAGAUCACCCGGAAGCACCCGAUGUCGUGAUAGGCAUGCAAGAUGAGAGAGGUGGAAAGGGCGCAUGAGCUCAUUCGGUCAACUGCAUUGCGGGUGGCAUUGUAACAACAGGGUGGCGCAGUCUUGGCAGCAUACGAAUGCUAACUGGAGGCAGCGAUGUUCAAUAGCAGUAACCAGAAGGUUCUAACCUAUUCAAGCACA